CCCAUGCAAGCGCACACCCAAUUCGGCGGUGCCUGGGAUUGGGUGGAGGGUGUGGUGGCUGCGGACGGAGUCUCGGGAUUGGUAGAGUUCACAGCCAAACUUGUUGACUCAUAACUGAGCAGCUCCUCUCCAUCCUUCACGGCGCGGAGCUGUCCAGGGCCAGUGGUGCUGAAGCUGCCAGCUUCCGACACGCCGGUGGAAUAAUUUCGUCCUUUUUCAGGUUUGAUUGCUCUACUCGAGCCUUUGUGUAACACUUAAAGACGUCUGAUUUAAGCGUCAAUCGACGGAUUCCUAUCUGCCGUCACCGCCCUGCCCAGAGCGCUUCAACCCUUCAACUUCUUAGUCGACCAAACAGAGGACCCUCUGAGGCGCAGGCAUGGCUUUCAUGGUAAAACACGUGGUGGGAGGACAGUUGAAGAAUCUGACAGGCGGACUGACUGAGGAGAAAUCCGAAGGAGAGAAAUCAGAAGGGGCUGCGAAGAUGACUCAAGAGGAAUUUGAACAAUAUGAGCAACAGCUAGAGGAAGAAAAACGAGAACGAGAAGCUCAUUUUGCCCAGAAGAAAGCAGAGCGAGCCACAGUUAGAAGUCAUUUUCGGGAAAAGUACAGGCUACCAAAGAAUGAGCUUGAUGAGACUCAGAUCCAGCAGGCGGGGGAUGACGUAGUGCUGCCCACAGAGCUGGCCAAGAUGAUUGCAGAAGACAACCAGGAAGAAGAGCACAAGCAGUCCGUGCUGGGCCAGCUGUCCAACAUCCAGAAUGUGGACAUCGACCAGCUGAAAGACAAAGCCCAGGCCACACUGGAAGACCUCAAAAAGCAGACGGAGAAAUGCAGUCUCAUGUGAUCUGGCCUGCUCUAAGUCCCUGGAGAUUAGAGUUAUACAAACAUUUUUCAGUGGCAGAGCUGCUUUGGAGAUAGAAAUAUUCUUGUUGCUUUAGUGGAAUUGCCACUUGGCAAAGCCACAUAAGAGUUUUUCUAGCUGUGCAGAGUUAGACAGAUGCCCUGAAAUUAAUGAAAUUAAGAAAUGAGGAGGCUGAUAUUCUGUGGUUUAUCUUACUAACAGGAAAGAAAAUAAUUCUAACUUUUUUAACCUAAGUGAGCUAGUUUUUUAAGUCUUUCUGUUUAACCAUCAAAUAUAAUAAAAGUCGUGAAUGUCAUUCAUAGAUUUUGUUUAAAUUAGCUCAUUUGCACUCUGCGGUUCUGAGAUUUAACCAAUGAGGUUAUUUCUGUCUUUAUAACAACUCCUCCUCUGAAAAAUACAUGUCUGUUAAAUCCUUUACUCCAUCCAUCCCCUGGCCUCCCUCACUCUCUGUACCUCACAUGAGCAGCGACAAGAUCCAGUAUCAUGUGACCCUGCUUAGUGAAAUCAGCUGUGUGGUUAGAAAACAUAUACACAAGGCUAACACUGGCUCAUGUGAGGAUACCAUGUGUGUUAUCUGAUGAUGUGGUGGUGAAGAAGCCAUUUGUGGAGUUGUUUAUGUUCCACAUAAAAAAGCACAAACUUUUGAAAUGGGCAAUAUUCAUGUAGAGAAAGAAAUGAGGCUGAUCUUUGCCCUGAGUAGCUUACUAAUGUUGGCACACUGCCGUCCUGAGGAAGUCUUCCUGUGAGCUACAUAGCCUGACUUUUAAUCGUUUCUUAGUCAUAUCAUUGUAAAGUUGUUUUGGGGGCUUUUUCUGUACUUCAGUGUGCCUUGGAUGUUCAUACAAGGUUGUCGUCUCUAGAGCUCUAACAUCUGUAAGCUACUCUUCGCAAAGACAGGCCAUGUUGUUUGUUUUCUUAUUUUGUAGUUGUAUUAAAAGCAACAAAAUUAUUAUUGAGCAGUCAAAAGUACUGUUGUACUUAAGGCCAGGAUAUAUGUGCUGCAUUUUGUAAGUACAUAUAUACAGUAAAGUGUGUACAAUAACAGCAUUCCUAAAUUUAGCCUAGCUUCAGUAUCAGUUACAUAGGGAGUAAAGCUGUCUGUGCUGCAUCCAGAGGAUAAAAAAAUGAAAGCCACUCAGAGGAGAGACAUAGAAAUGGUUCAGAAAUUAAAUGCCAAAGUCUUCAGUAAAAACACUCGACCCAUCAUAAAGGAAAUGGCACAAAUAUGUCAAACUGUGUAACUGUGUGUAUAUGUCCAACUAUAAAUCCACAUACAAAUAUUUAUGUUCUAUAAGAUGUAAGUGUAUCUGCUGUUCCUCUCUGUUGUCAGCAGCGGGUCAUCCCCCACUCUGUUUUCAUAGUCUCAUAGUGUCAUCAACCGCCAUAUGACCUUUGACCUGUAUGUCAUCUCACUGGCCCCUGCGUGUCAGUGGUGCUGUUUUGUGCUGGUGGAUUCAUGUUCUUUAGACAAUGUAUUAUGUCAAGUUGUGUAUCUGUAAAAACUCAGUCCUGCUGCUGAGAGUGAUGGUCAUUUGUGUGACACAGCACACAGUCAGCGUGGGCUUUCUGCAGUAUUCUGUCUCUGUUGUUUCCUAGGCAAAUGGAGGAAAAGGCAUUAGGAGGAAUUAGGAGGGGAUGUUGUUGGUUGUUAUUGAUACAUUCAUAUACAAAACAUUUUGCCAGUGGUUGAUCUUAUGUAGCAGUGGUGCUGAGGGUGAUGUCACACUGAUCUCGCUUUUUCCCUUUUUGAUUCCUGCUAUUGUUCAACUGCCAAAAAAAAGAUUAUAACAUUUUUUAUUUUGCAUAUUAAGAGUGCACAGGUUAUCUUAGAGGAAUUGCAGGCAAUAAGAUAUUUAGUGUUUUCUCUAAAAAGAGUGGUAAUUUCCUUGCUGUAGCCUGAAUGAUAAGAUUAAAGUGCUUAUUGAGAACAAUAUAUCUGUAACAUUACAAUAAUACAAAGCAGGGGAAAAGUUGCAAUAAGUCCUAACAGUCAUGUUUGAUGAUAAGACUAAAUUAAUAGGUGGAAGAGAAGCCAUACAGCAAACUCUGUGUAUGAGUGUGUGUGACUUAAUAAUUUAAUAAUAACAACAAUAAUAUACUAAUGUAAUUUAUGUGCUGUCAUUGUGUGCAACUGAUGUUUUCAGGAAAUGGCUGCCAUGACACGCAGUUCAUUCUUUGGCUGUUUUUUGAUUCACAGUAUC